CCACCUAAAUACAUGGAUAAUCACAUUCAGUUAAAAAAAAACAUGGACACUACUUCACAUUGCACCAAGUCAAAGGCAGCAAUUCACUCGUCACCAAACAAUUUAAAAAGAUAAAAAAAUGUAACAAUUUAUCGGUAAACUUAUAAAUACCUCGCAGAUAAAAAAAACAUUAAGCAUUCACACUAAAUUAAAUUACUUUUUUUUCCAAUAUUCGAAAAAUUUAGCAUCUUUUACUCGAAAAGUUACAAGUGAAAAAUGUCGAGCACCCAGUUCAACGCAGGAGAAAACCAUGGCCAGACCCAGAAGAAGACAGAGGAAUGGAUAGACUCAGCCAAGGGCACAGCACAGUCGGCACAUGAUAAGACAUGUGAUGCGCUUGGGAGAACCCAAGAGCAGGCCCACAGAAGCCAGGAAGAAAGUGCUGGAUUCCUUCAACAGACCGGAGAGAAGGUGGCUAAUAUGGCUCAGGGCGCCGUCGAUGGUGUGAAGAACACUCUUGGGAUGGGUGAGAAAAAGUGAGAGAAAAGGGCAUUGUUCUUAUUUUCCCCUGUUUUUUAAUGGUUUUAUUUAUGAAAUUAAUGAUAAUUGUUUGGUGGUUGCCAACUCCGAAGAUGUAAUAAGACAUUUAAUUUGCAAUUCCAUGCUAUGAGAAUAUAGGUAGAUUU